AUGGACAGUUCCAAGUCUGAAAAGCCUGCAGUGGCCAGUUCACCCCAGGAGGCCGAUGCAACUGACACCAGUCGCGAGGAAGAAUUAUCGGUUCAAGAUGGCGACGCAAAAUAUUUGACCGGCUGGAAACUGCAUGCCCUCACUGUUGGCACGUCCCUGGUCUCCAUUACCAACGACCUGAAGAGCUUCAGUCAGGCCAGUUGGGUCGUGACGGCUUAUCUGCUCACCUAUACAAGCUUCAUGAUUAUUAUCGCAAAACUGAGCGAUGUUUUCAGCCGCAAGUCCGUGCUUGUACUCUCGCUGGCAGUCUUCACAAUCUUUUCAGGAGCAUGCGCUGCCGUAAAGACCAUGAUUCAGCUGUAG